AGUGUCACAUGAUUUCUCAGUUGCGAAGCUGAAAGCUGCUUGAAAAAGUUUAAAUCUUUUCUUUUUCCUGGCUGAAGACAAAAAAGGCAUGUACUAGCUCAAGUCAGGAAAACUGUCAAACACCGGCAGCUUAUAAACUAUUCUUAAAUAGUUAGCCCCACCCAUUACUCCCUGAAAGCUGCGCAUUGAUGGUUUUCAGUAUACAGCAGUUAACCUUAUAAAUGUGUACAAACCUGAUGAUGUUUUGUUUCUUUUUUGGCACUGUCAACUGAAUUGAGGUCUGAAAACAAGAAGAGAAUGGCAGGACAUUCAGAAUGUGAGAAAGCCCUUACGGCCAUUGUGGAGAUCUUUUUAAAAUAUGCUUCUAAAGAAGGCAAGAAAGAUAAACUCAGCAAUACAGAAUUUAGAAACCUUGUUCGUGAUCAGCUUCCUCAUCUAAUUGAGGAUCCAGACAGUACUGCUGCACUCAUGAAGUCAUUGGACCGAGAUAAAGAUAAUGAACUGAAAUUCAAAGAAUUUUGGAAGCUGAUUGGGAAACUUGCUUGGAACAUCAAGGAACAAAGAGCCUCUAAAGGCUCCACUUGUAAUGUGAUAUGAUAAUCAAUAAUCUGCUUACAUUUCUUUUAGACACUUUGUAUCAUUAAAUAAAUUAAUUGUUUCCAUUAAUAACUUGACUAACCUUCUUUUUAUAAAUAAUAUUACAUAUUAAUUGCAUUUGUUUAUAUUUGUUUAGCAGUGUUUUGAUCUGAAAUCAUGAGGGUUGUUUUGUUUGCAGUUUUGAAAUUCUGGAAUCAGUGUUGCAUUGAAAAUGCUCAUCAGUCAGGUUCUUAAGAUUUUUCUUACCCAAAAUCAGCAGGGAAAGUUUUUUUUGUCUUGCAACCAGUAAUGCAGUUCUUUUAGUAUGCAAUACUCAAGUUCAAUUUUGUUCGGCAAAGUUUCCUUUAAAAUACAAGAUCUACUUUGUUUAUUUCUUUUAUUUUCUGAAAUGCUGAUUUCUUAAUUAAAAAUGUUCUUUCACAUGUG